CUUCCGAUCCGAUGCACUAAUAUUUUCUUUGAUUUUAAGAGUGUUGCACGUUGGAAACUUAACAUUACUCGGCUGCACAAGUUUGUUCCGGUGCAGCCCAAAACAAUAUAGCCCAUUUGGUUUUUGUUUUGACCAAGCACUAGACUAGUAGUCACGUCUAUUAGUUGGCUCCGUAUCCCUGUCAACUCUGAACUGUCCAGAGAAUGAAUCAAAGUGUACGAGUUUAUGACUACUCCUCCACCUACUAGUUUCUGAACAUGUCUCGCCUUCAAUCGUUAACAUUCUAAUUAACCUUCUAAACAGAUCCCGAUAUCUCUUAUCAGUUAUCAUCAAUCUAUAAUGUUUCUGCAAUUUUUUCUGUUCUUACAGUUCUCAUGGCUAACCUUGGCAACAUCAUCAUCGACUUCAAUUGUGCAGGGGAAACCAGGUUGCCAAGAAAAAUGCGGUGAUGUUACAAUUCCAUAUCCAUUUGGUAUAGGUCCAUCUGAGAAUGGUUGUUCUCGUGCUGGAGCUGGAUAUCUUGCUUACAAUAUUACCUGCGACACCACUUAUCCAACUCCUAAACCCUUCAUAAGAGCCGGUCAGAACCUAACUUCAGGUGUUUAUAACAUGAUUGAAGUUAUCAGCAUAUCAGAAAUGGAAGUCCGCGUUAAGAGCAAGCCGGCUAUAAUGUGUUCCGACUCUGAAACUGGUGAAUUUAUUUUGAGUGAAUCUCCAGAUUGGAUGAACUUCAAUAAAACCCCAUACACAGUUUCAUAUACAAAGAACAGUUUUUUCGGUGUCGGCUGCUAUUCUUUGGGGUACCUUUUGGAGUCACCUUUGAUGAUCAACACAACUUGUCCUACAGUUUGUACCCCUACGGAAAAUUUGAAAGAUGGAUCUUGUAAUGGAACUGGGUGCUGUCAAACAACAGUACACAAAGUAUUAAGGAGAUUUUUGAACGUAAUUGAUUCAUCGCAUUCCAAGAAUAUUUGACCGUUGCGAAUUUUAAAAAGAAGGCGAAAGAUAUACCUAUUGUGCUUGAUUGGGCAAUAGGGAACAAGGCAUGUGAUAAAAUUACACCGAGGGAGUUAGCCAGUUAUGCAUGCCAGGGAAAUAGUACUUGUAGCAGUUCUGACAAAGUUCCUGGGUAUCACUGCAUUUGCAACCCAGGUUUUGAGGGGAAUCCUUAUUUGAGCCCGGGAUGCCAAGCAUCCUUGGUCGUUAAUGAAGGCGGGACUGGUUCUACGAAAAUGUACCGCUCAAAAAGACAUUUCCAACACUAAAAGCCGCUCUUGGUAUAGGAUUGGGAUUGUUAAUAUGUUUAAUCGCUGGGAGUAUUUGGCUGUAUUUGAGCAAAAGGAAAAGAAAAAUAACUAAACUUAAACGGAAGUUCUUUCAUAUGAACGGCGGUCUAUUGUUAAAACAGAAGAUUUUAUCAAAUGAAGGUGGUAUAGAAGGACCAAAGAUAUUUACUGCAGAAGAGUUAGAACUGGCAACUCAAAAUUAUGACGACAAACUAAUUCUCGGUCGUGGAGGUUUUGGGAUAGUUUACAAAGGAACCUUGUCAGACAAGCGUGUUGCCAUCAAAGUGUCAAAAGUAAUAGAUGCUAGCCAAAUUAAGCAAUUCAUAAAUGAGAUUGCUAUUUUAACUCAGGUUAUCCAUCGAAACUUGGUGAAGGUCUUGGGUUGUUGUUUGGAAACUGAGGUCCCUUUGCUUGUUUAUGAAUAUGUGUCAAAUGGCACCCUUGCCCAACAUAUCCAUAAUAACAAGGCAGAUGAGAUGGCUCCAACAUCCUACAUUUCCUGGAAAAAUCGUCUGAGGAUUGCAGCUGAAGCAGCUGGCGGACUUGCGUAUUUACACUCGGGAGCUCCUAUACCUAUCAUACAUAGAGAUGUCAAAUCCUGCAAUAUACUAUUGAACGAAAAUUACACCGCAAAAAUAUCCGAUUUUGGAGUAUCAAGAUUGAAUCCUUCGGAUCAAACACAAAUAGAUACAAUGGUUCAAGGAACUUUAGGGUAUCUUGAUCCAGAAUACUUCCAGUCCAGCCAACUUACAGAAAAAAGUGAUGUAUACAGUUUCGGUGUAGUUCUUGUCGAGUUGUUAACUGGAGAAAGGCCCCUUUCUUAUGAGAGACCAGAUGUACAUCGCAAUCUUUCUUCAUAUUUUAUUUACAAAAUGGUAAAAAACGACGCGUUUAGAGUUAUUGAUCCGCACGUAGUGAAUACUGGGAAAUGGGAGCACGUCAUGGCCGUUGCAGAAUUAGCAAGGAGAUGUCUUAACAUGAAAGGUGUGGACAGACCUACAAUGAAGGAGGUUGCAGUGGAGCUGGAAAAUUUGAGUAAAUUAGACAUAGCUCGAAAGAUGAGUGGCGUCAAUGCAUCACCAGAGAUGACAAGCCUCUAUUCUAUACCAACAAGCUCUUAUACCUCAGGUGACUCGGCUCUAUAUAGCACAGACAAAGAUGUGAUCACGUCGAAGGAAAUGCUGCGGUAAGUGUGCAUUCAAUCUCCCAAGUUGGUACACUCUUUUCAACCUUCAAGGUAAGUACUCUACCCAAUACAUCUAGUUGCAUAUGUGCAUGCCAGAUUGUUAAAUCGUGUAUUUACUGUUUUGAACAGAAUUGUAUAAUGAACAAUGUAUACCACUCAUUUGUAUUUGAAAAAAUCAAGCAACAGAUAAUAUUUCAUUUCUU